CCAUGAUGUAGCCAGUACAAAGAAAAGCAACAAACAAAGAAUUUGAAUACAUCCAAGUUAAUUUUCUUUACUACGUAUUAAAAAUGUUACCUUUUUCACGUUAGUAGUAUUCCACAAACCAAAAUCAUGAGUUCUGAUAGAGCUGUACUGAACAUUAAGUUUAAUCAAGAUCAAGGUUGUUUUUCCUGCUCAAUGGAAAGUGGGUUACGAAUAUACAAUGUAGAUCCUUUAGCAGAGAAAGCUCACUACGAUUUCGAUCUAAUGGGUAGUGUUGCACAUUGUGAAAUGUUGUUACGAACAAAUAUUAUAGCAAUAGUGGCUGGAGGUUCACGCCCAAAGUUCGCUGAUAAUACCUUGUUAUUAUUUGACGAUGCAAGCAAGAAAUUUGUUUUAGAAUUAACAUUUUCGUCAUCUAUUAAAGCAACCAGGCUGAGACGAGAUAAAUUGGUUGUCGCUCUCUUAACACAUAUACACGUUUUUUCAUUUCCGUCACCAAUUCAGAGGUUAUUCUCCUUAGAAACUAGAGACAAUCCACUUGGUUUAUGUGAAAUGAGCCCCUUAGCAUCAGCAGAGAAACAAAUUUUGAUAUUCCCAGGACAUAAAGUGGGAAGUGUUCAAAUUGUGGUAAGUGUGGUAUAAGAACUACCUUUUGGGGAAUAUAUGUAAGUGCUGAGUUUGAGACAGA